AUGGCAAGCCCAGCCCAUUGCUAUUUCUGUUUCGAAAGCCUCGCGGCGGCCUACGAAGAACAAGAUCCCGUUAGCCUGGAGGUGGUAGAGGAGCUGUGGGAGCGACACGAGCAGUACAAGAGAAUCGCCGCUCUCCAGGACAAUGACGAGUCGGUUUCUCUGAGGGAGGAUGGCGAUGAGGACAUCAACCAGCAGAUUGUAGAUGAAGAGACCGGCGGUGGUGACGACGCAGGCUCUCGGUCUAGGAAGAACCCACCCCAGAAGAUCAAGCUGCCCAGCGUGACGCGGCUGCAAAGUGACUCGAGUCGGUCGACCACGCCGUCCAGUGCGUCGAACAAUUCGUCGCGUUCCGUCCUGUCCAGCUCUACAAAUGUAACCACGCCGGGUUCGCAGUCUACGCAAACGGCUCCGAAAGAACGGCGAUAUCCGCUGUUCGUGACUUGGAAUACAUUGUCGAAGAGUGGUCGGAAGUCUCUCCGUGGAUGUAUCGGUACAUUCGAGGCGCAGGAACUUGCUGCGGGUCUGAAGUCCUACGCCCUUACUUCCGCAUUCGAUGACACUCGGUUUUCUCCAAUUCCUGCAUCUCUUCUCCCUUCCCUAUCCUGUUCCUUAACCCUCCUAGGCUCCUUCGAACCGUGCACAAACGCCCUAGACUGGAUUCUCGGCGUCCACGGGAUCCGCAUCUCGUUCAUCCACCGCGGCCGGCGCUACGGCGCAACUUAUCUCCCCGACGUUCCCGUUGAGCAAGGCUGGACCAAAGAGCAGACCGUCAAAAGCCUCAUGGACAAAGCCGGAUGGUCGGGCUCCCCCGAAAGUACUGCCCGGAGGCUCCUCCGCGGCAGCAACAGCUCCAGCAGCAACUCGAGCGCCAACAAGCCCUGGGAGCAGGUCUCCGACUUUCGAGUGGUCAAGUAUCAGGGUCUCAAGGCGGCCGCCACCUACGCAGAGUGGCAAGAGUGGCGGGAGUGGGUUCUGUCUCUGGCAGAUGGAAGUGAGAAGCUCCUUAGUCCGCCCGUAUAA